UCUGCCCCAGACUCCGCACAGGCACACACUCCUCAGAUAGGAAGGUGAGUGACCCUGGGUCAAAAUGACCGAGCGCUACGACUGCCACUACUGCAAGGAGUCCCUGUUUGGGAAGAAGUAUGUUCUGAGAGAGGAGAAUCCCUACUGUGUGAAAUGUUACGAGAGCCUGUACUCCAACACCUGUGAGGAGUGCAAGAAGCCCAUUGGCUGCAACACCAGGGAUCUGUCCUACAAGGACCGUCACUGGCACGAGGACUGUUUCAAGUGCUUCCAGUGCAAGCGCUCGCUGGUGGACAAGCCCUUCUCCACCAAGGAUGAACAACUCCUCUGCACUGAGUGCUACUCAAAUGAGUAUUCCUCCAAGUGCCAUGAGUGCAAGAAAACCAUCAUGCCAGGCUCCAGGAAAAUGGAGCACAAGGGGAACAGUUGGCACGAGACCUGUUUCACCUGUCAAAGAUGCCAGCAGCCCAUUGGCACCAAGAGCUUCAUCCCUAAGGACAACCACAACUUCUGUGUGCCCUGCUACGAGAAGCAGUUUGCCAUGCAGUGUGUGCACUGCAAGAAGCCCAUCACCACUGGCGGGGUGACCUACCAUGACCAGCCCUGGCACAAGGACUGCUUCCUGUGCACUAGCUGCAAGCAGCAGCUGUCUGGUCAGAGGUUUACCUCUAGAGAUGACUUUGCCUAUUGUCUCAACUGCUUCUGCAACCUUUAUGCCAAGAAGUGUGCCUCCUGCACCACCCCCAUUAGUGGCCUUGGAGGCAGCAAGUAUAUUUCCUUUGAGGAGCGCCAGUGGCACAAUGACUGCUUCAACUGUAAGAAGUGCUCCGUGUCCCUGGUCGGCCGUGGCUUCCUCACUGAGCGUGAUGAUAUCCUGUGCCCAGAGUGCGGCAAGGACAUCUAACUCAACGUUAUGAUAGAGGAAAGACAGAGAUACAAUCAGUACUAUCAGAGCACAGCAUCUUCACUACCAAGCAUUACUAUGAAUGUACAUUGUUGUAUGCAAAUACAAACUACUAACAGUGUUUUUUGAAUUUAAGUUAAAUGUUCACUCUUUGAGAAAAGUAAUUACUAAUAAAAUAUAAAUGUUGGCAUGAAUGUAAAGAGAAUUAUGAAACAGCAAAAUGUUUGCAGAUAUACACUGUAUGAAGCAUUUUUAAAUAAAUCUACAAUAGUAAUGUAGACUAUCACCUUUGAAGUGUAAUAAUUACUGCUUUGUGCAUGGAUUAGCUUGGUGCUGUAAUCAGAGGUUUUGUGAAUGAGUUCUGCUUCCAAUAAAAUAUAUCAAAAUUG